CCCGCUAUCUCCCUAUAAAUACAUCUCGGAUUGUCUCCGCACACAAGUUUUUUUUCUCGUUACCACAGUACGUUACCUACUUCGCGUGUGUCCAACUCCGCAUCAAGAAACUCAAUAUAAUUGCAAUCUAGCUUACUUUUUUCAUCGAAAAUCAUUAAUACAUUUGUGUAUGUUUACGUUAACACCGCUAUUCAGGAAGUUCCGCGCAGGUCAGGUAAGAAUCUUAAUGCCCUUAUUACAUUUUGUACUUAGGUAUUAACUUACUUAAUGUUUUUCCUACUCUUAUAGAAUGAAAAAAAAAAUAUAAUUUGAAUGUUCAGCGGGGUUAAGAAUUCAAUCGUCUCAUACUCUCUUCUCCUCCCUUUUAUUUUAUUUAUUACACCUACCAAUAUUAUAUAAUCUAACCUAUAUAUAUAUGUAUAAUUGAAUGUCGUGACAGCAUUUGUCCAUUGUGAAAAUAAACCAAAAGAAAUUUCAUUCAAUUUUUAUAUUACCCUUCAUCGAUAUCUCGAACCGAAUUACUGGAAAUUUAGUUCGUUCAGUUUAUUGGCAAUUAUCAGUUUGAUUUCGAUUCGGUUUGGUUUAGAACUCGAACAGUUCGCAGUAUCACUAAUAAAAAUAUCGAGAAAAAUUAACAUCUUACGAAUCGUUCUGUAUAAUGUCGUAUAGAUGUGGUAUGUGUAUAUGCUGUAUACUGCUACAGUGAUGCAAAUAACAUUUCCACUUUUUAAAAGUGUAUAUGUUUGUACAAUGAAUAGUACAUAAAUUACCUAAAUAUAUAUAUAUAUAUUCGUCUAUAAUGCGACUGAUUAUUGCAACAGUGCGCACUAUUAGUUCAAAACCAUAUUAUAUGGUCAAUAGCGAUCGUUUCAGUUGCAGGUGUACCUAAGUAAUAUCUUCAAUAACCUUUUAUUUUAACACAACUAUCAAUGACUUUUAAUCUACCGAAUUUAAUAAUUUAUAUAUAUAUAUUUUUUUUAUUUAAUUUAGGUAACUACCUUAUUUUUGUCACCUAGAAAACCUCAUCGAAUCAAAAUCAGUGCGGAUCGCACGGUGACGUAUAGCAAGGUCAUUCUCGAGAUAUCUCUGCCAAAAUAGGGUAAUUAAACUUUUGUCUAUAAACAUCAAUAAUUAUAUAAGUACACUUAUAACUAUAUCUUAAUUUUUAUUUGAAGCUAUUUGGUUAGUUCAAACAUAUUUGUUAUCAAAAACAAUUAAAUAAAGGCUAGUUAUAAAUUUAAUUUUUCAAAAUAUACAAUUUAAAGAAAAGCAAAUAAAUUAACAAACAUUUUAUAUCCACAUAUUAAAGUGCUAUUUUAGUAUAAUAUAAAAUGUAGAGGGUUAAAAUAUGCAUUUUUAGAUAAUUAUUAAUAUUGAGUCCAACUAAAAGACUCAUUCGAGGUCCAUAUUAGAAAUAGUUGAGACACGUUCAAUAGGCUUAUUGUUAAUAUAAUUAUAAUUGAUGGCGCUAAUAAGAGUCCAAAAAUAGAUUUUGGAACAGGUGAAAAAUAGGGAAUUAAUCAGUAAAACCAACGUUGGAGAAUGUGUUUAGCCAGACAAUAAAUUAUUUAAACAUUUUAUGAUUAAAUCUAAGCCUCUAAAUAGUCUUAACUAUUAGAACAUAGUCAUGUUAUGAAUAAAAAAUUAAACAUUUUUUUUUUAAAUUUACAUUGGAAACGUUCUAAUUGGAUACGAUAAUUUAUUGUAUAUAUGGAUCUUAAAAGACUGAGUUUUUUGGAUAGCCUAUUUACCAAACAAAAACAUUCAACACUACAACAUAUGGAUUGCUGAUUAGAUACGUGAACUAGGGUCAAGAAUUAUAACGAGAGGGACAAAGAUCAUUUAAAAAAGUCAUUAACAUUAGAAAGCUGAGAGCCAGACAUACUGAACGAUUAAAAACUAGGGGUGAAAGACUUUGUGUGUGUUACGACCUUGUACUUAACAAAAUUUAACGAAGUCUCAACUACUUUAGACUAUUGAAUAAAUAUAUUCAAUCAAUUCUAAAGUUUUACAAGUGAAUACAUUUUAAAAAAUUGUUUUAUAUCGUUGGUAAAACAUAACAACUUGUAAUAUUUAAAAACUCGAAAAAGGUAUAUUAAUUACAAUUAAAGAAAUUAAUAUUGGAGGAUAUGUAAUUACCCUGAGGUACACGUGAUAGGACUAUCUAGGGAGGUUAGCCUCUCUGAAACUUCUCCAAAUCAGGUAAAUACUAAGUACCUAUAUUAUAAUCAAUAAUAUUAAUCACUAUUAUAUGACGGCUUAAGCCCCCUUUCAAAUAUUUGUGCUAUUUAUACUCAUAUGUUUUAGAAACAAAAGUUGAAUAUAUCUUUGCAGUAUGCAUAUAUUAAUAUUAUACUAAAGUUUCAAACAAAUUAUGCGUUAAAAUAUUUUAGAUUUGAUACACUGCGAGUAACGCGUCGUACAUUAUAAAAUUCAAACAGUGAUGAAUAUACACUGUACUGAAAAAAACUGAGAAAAAAAAUAUUCCUAAAACGUUUGCAGUAGUGUGAAAAUCGAUUACAUACGCAACAUAUAAUAUAACGUCAAGAUUGUCGAGUCGAUUUUUUUCUCUCACUGACCCUGCACUAGUGUAAGUGCGUAUAAUAAUUUAAUAAUUGCGUAUAUUGUGCAUAGUAAACGUACAGGUAUACCAGUCACUGGUCACCGCCACUUGAAUAUUAUAAAAAUAAUGUUAUUCUAUUAUUUGUAUAAGAGUAUACCUACUUCUUACAGAUAAAAUAAGAAGAAAAAUGACACUGCCGCCGGCACCAAAGACCGCCAAACUGAACCGCGAACUGGGUCUGUUCAGCGCGUCGUGUCUAAUUGUGAGUCUCAUGAUAGGUGAGUCAUAGCAAGUGUGAAAUUAUUAUCCAAAUGAAAAAUCGAAUAAAAUUAAUAAAUAUAUACGGUGGAUGUAUUGUGUUCUUCUCCUAAAAUCUAUUUUAUUUCAAAUUAAUGUAAACUAAGAAUGUUCAAAUAAUCUCUUUUUGAUACGCCCUGUAUCAUGACGUACCGAAGAUGUUUCAAUGAGUGAAAAAUUGGGUUGGCUAAAUUUAGUACAUUCAAAUUAUGUAUAAUAAUGUAAAAAAAAAUGUUAUUUCUGUAAAUCAUUCUUGGGAUUAUUUUGCAAAAUACCUAAUAAUUAAUAGUGCAAUAUUAUUUACAAAGACUGCAGUUUAACUAAACUGUAGUUAAGGGGAUUGGUAACAUGAAGUUUUUCAAAUGGUUUCCAAUUUCGUUAAAUUUGUAUUUUUGUUUUUAAAUUUGAAAAAAAAAAUCUUCAUUAUUAGACUUUCUCACCAAUUUUCUAUCUGACACAAAUUUAACGGUAAUUUUUAAAUCCGAAUAUGACAUUUUAGACCGAGGAGCCAGAUAAAACAGUAUGAAUUGAGACUGACGGAUUUCAAUUAUUUUUAAAAUUACCUACGUUGAAAUUAUUCUUUAAAUGUUAAUUCUCUUUAUAAAUAAAAGGUAAAAUAUUUAAAUGUAUACCUAUUCGAACAUAAUUCAAAAAUGCAAUCAAAUUUAUUUCAUGAUUUUCAGUAAAAUAAUUAAAUUUAUUUUUCCAACAUAUUCUAUUUACAGAAUGGUAAUCAAAAAUGUUUACAAUUUCUAUAGUUUUGGCAGGCUUUUAAGUUUAAUUUGACUAAAAUAUGUAUCGUCACCAUUCUCCUUAAGACAAGAGUGCAAAUAAGCAUUGGUAAUAUUAUUUUGUCAGUAAUACCAUUAUGUCAUGAAUAUUAUGUAAGUUCGCAGUGCGAAAUAUUAUUAAAUACUAUUUUCUUUGUAUUUUAAUACGACCAAUGUAGAGGGGAGAAGGGCUGAACUCUCUUAGUUCCCCUUUUUGGGGAACUCCACUACCCUUUAUGUGUUAAACAUAUUGUUUUAAAUUGUCGUAAUUUGUUUUUGGUUCUGCACUACAGGAUCGGGAAUUUUCGUGUCUGCAGCUAAUGCGCUAAAGAACACCGGAUCGGUGGGCAUGUGUCUAGUCAUUUGGACGUUGUGUGGGGUGCUGUCGCUUUUAGGUAAUGAUAUUUAUACUAAACUUUAAAAAUUUGUAUUUAUGUUUACUACGCGUACUAAAAGGUCUCCGCCAGGAAUGGAUUAAGCCACCUGUAGACCCUAAGUACAAAUUGAAAAAAUUUCCUUUAAUACCAUGGGUACUUUUGACAACAAUUUGUUAUUGAGUUUAUGUUAAACUUUUACUGAUGUAAUGUACAUAUAAUAUGUAGUACCAAUAACUGUUUAUUCGUAAAUAAUAAUUUCUUAUGUAUUGAUAAUCGCCACGUAAUAAAACAUUUGUCUACAAUUUAUUACAAUAAUAAUAAAUUGUUUAUCGUAUUGUGCACCAUUCAUCCUAAACGAUUAUAUUAUAAAGAUCGAGGCUAAGCAAAAAUUCAAUAAUACAUUUUACAUAAAUAGACAAAUUGUACAUGUUUUAAAUUUUUCUUGGUUUUAGCUCUCUUUCCAUAGAUCGUUUGUUUUUCGUAGGCUCUAAACACAGUGCCUAUAGUGGCUAACGGUUAAUAUUAAAGAUAUAACCACGGAUUAAGAAGUUAUGGAAAGGAUACGCAUUAUAUCAAUACUCGGUUAGGAAAUGUGUAGUGUAGGUAUUUAAUUUCGCGAUGUUAACUCAUUCUAUCUGAGAAUGUUUAACUCUAUUUAACUAUCCAGUAGGGAGAAGCUGUCCAGCCAUUAAAAUUGUCGAACUUCUCUCCACUAUCCGACAAUCAUGACGUGUUUAUUUCAUUUCUUCUUAAACCGUGCCUAAAACCUAAUAGGUUAAUAUCAAUCCCGCCCACGUCAAAAAUAAAAAUAAAAUAUUCUUCAAAUUCUCGAUUCGCAUAAAGAAUUAUUUAGAUUCUGAGUGAACGAGGAUUAUCGUAGAUCUCUUAUGAUCGAUACGAAAUAUUUUUCGCAGAGAUUCCUAAAACCAAGUAUGAAGUAUAACGGCUCGUUUGGAUUUGCUUUUUGCUUAUACUCGCGUCUGUUCUUUUUCACAGGUGCCUUAUCGUUCGCCGAGCUAAGCACGGUCGUGCCCAAGUCUGGUGGUAUGUUCAGCUUUUACCAGUGUGCGUUCUCAGACCUUCAUCGUUUCUGGGGACCGUUGCCAAGUUUCGUGUACUCGUGGGUGAGAAUCAUGUACUUACGCCCGGCCGAGGUGGCCAUCACCUGUUUGACGUGUGCCGAAUACUCGGUCCGGCCAUUCGGCCAGUGGCUGUCAGGGGAUCUGGACACUGAAUUUGCGUUGAAAAGGGCCGUCAGCAUAGCGGCACUUUGUACGUGGCUUUUUUUCCUUUAUAGAGUUCACCUAAAAUGUUUCGAAACAAUAUUUAUUUUAUCAGUCUGUCUCACGCGUAACAAAAGUAUUCCAAAAUUUCACGAUCGCGGCUCUCUGGUUCUGUUUUUAUCUAGAUACACGCGUUUUAAUUUUCUCUUUAUUUUAAGCGUUAAUCAUUUAUUAAGAAAAGUAAAUAUUAAAAAGGGCUGAUAUAUUUACUAGUAUGGUAGGCAGGACAUAGGGGAAGUAGGAUGCAUAUUAUGUCGGGUUUCAUAAACGACUAAUGAGUUGUUAUCAAACUGAUUUUAUCAUAAUUGACUGAAUAAAAUGAUUGGCUGUUGCAGAAACGACUUUUGUCUAUUUAUCAAUUUAACAAAAAAAACUUUUCUUAUCGAACUGAUAAUUUAAGGACCCAAUUUUGGUUUGAUAAAUAUUAAAACACAAAAUAAUUUUCAGUUUUUCACAAUAUUUUCUUGUCAUAAUAAAUUUUUUUAUACGUAAUGCGUUAAUUUCCUAAUUCAUUUAAUAUUUCUAACUAGUUUUAAAACACGGAAAUAAACAAAUCGGGUUAUCGGGUUUAUCGUCGUGUAUCAUUGAUGAUAAAUACUGAAUUAUCAUUGUACAUUGUGAUAGUAUGCCAUAGAACCACAUCACGUUAAAAUUGUUUAGAAAGGUUUAUGCAACAAAUAAUAAUGCAUGUCUUUUGGGCACAAUAAAGUUAUUUAUCAAAUGGUUUAUUGAUAUGUUAUCGUCAGUCAAGGACUGACAUGUGUUUUCAUGAUAUGAGGUCCUUUAACUAGACUUUUUAUCCAACUUUUCGAUCGUUUCUAUCCACUCUGACUGUAUUAUAAUAAAACUAAUACUAUAGGUGUCGUCACGUUGGUCAACUACUCCAGCGUCAAAUGUUUCGUCAACGUCCAGAACGUGUUCACCACGUGUAAAGUUCUCGUCUGCACUCUGAUCAUCAUCGGUGGAUUGCGUCAACUAUGCUUGGGUAAUCAUAAUUCGUGGAUAUAAUUUUUGUAAUAGCUACAUUUCAAAUGAUUUCCAAUCCAGUUUUUCCUAAAAACCGGAAUAAUAUUUUUUUUUCUUUUGUUAAGGAGUGAUAAUAAAAAAUAAAAAAUAGUAGCUAAUUUAAUUUAUAUGUGUGCUCAACGAUAAACUAUUACUUAUAAAAACGAUUCUGAACAGAGUAUCAUUAGUCGUAUUUUUAUCUUAUUAACUAUUGUCAAGAUAACUCGGAAAUCAACAAAGAUUAUACAAACAAUUGCCAGUUUUCCCAUUUAUUAAGAAAACUCCAAGGAAAACCAUGAAAUCAUUUUCUCAAUGCACCAAUUAGAUAAAAAAAAUGCUACAAGACAGUCUCCACACAGUUUUUGAUAGGAGCAAGCUUUCUAGUAGAAAAGUUGUUUACAGAUACAAAAAAAGAAAAACAACAUAAUACAAUCAAUAAAAUCCUCGCUUGUUCAGAAUAUAAAAUUUGAAUAUUAAUAACAAUUUGAUAUAUAGGGAAAACACGGUGGUAAACCCUGAUUUACUUUGCUUAAAAAUAAUAUGUACAUAAUGUAUUUUUCAUAUCUUCCUAGUAUGACAAUGAAUUUUAUGUUCCGUAGGAAACACGGUGAAUCUAAUGACCGGUUUCGACGGUACGACGUUGACGUUGAAAACCUUUCCUAUAGCAUUUUACAGCGGACUCUGGGCAUAUGAGGGAUGGUAAUGAUAAUUUUAUUAUAAUCUAAAUAAUUUCCAUGUGAUUAUCUAAUGGUCGAUUUUGUUUUUUGUUUAAUUGCUUAAUUUCCUAUUUUGUUAAUGAAACUCGUGAGUUAGUUACAGCAAUAUUUUUAUGUGAAAAUAAAACUUCUAUUACUGCAGUAUUUUAAAUAACAAAAAUGAAGUUGAAUUAUAAAAGGAUACCUAUAUAGUGUAAAGGAUCCAUAAAUUAUGAAUAGGUAUAUAUAGUAUAUACAGUAAUAUACACGAGAAUACUUAGAAAAUAUUUAAUCACCAUCUUUCAAUUUGCUUGUAGAUAGAUACCUAAUUACCUGGGUAAAAAGUUAAUAAAGUUAAUUAAAGUUUAAGAAGUUAACCUUGAUACUUGCAUUUAUCUCAUUAGUGUUGGUUUUAAAUUAUUAGUUCUAUUUUCUUUUCCUUUGCCUUCAUCCCAACUAUUAUGGGCUAAACUCUCGUCCUAAACUUUCACUUGACCCGAUAUCCUGAUUUCGUAUACACCGGCCAUAUUAAAAUAUCAUUCUCAGUCACAUCUAACUACUUGUUCUUUGGUCUUCCAUUUCCCUUUUUUUCCAUCUAUAUUUUCAUUACCAUUCUUCCGAUUCUGUUCUCCUUAUAACAUGCCCAAACCGUUUCAGUUAAUUUUCCCUAAUUUUGUAUACUAUCGAAAACUGCUCUUAUGUACUAAUUUCUUAUCAUCCUAUUUUCUGUCACCAUUACACCUAUUCACCUAAAGAUUCUCAUCUCUGCUAUAUUUAUUCCUGUUCUAUUUAUCUACCUACACUCCGAACUAUCCAAUUUUAGGACUCCUCAUAAUGUUUGACAACAUUUUACACUACCUGACGACCUGAUAAAACCCCAUUUGUCGUCUUUUACGACUAUAACCGUAGGAAUAUCCUGAUCCCCGUCUAUAGUACUAUAUUACUUUUUAUAUCGUACAUUCGUAUCCCGAAAAUAUUUUAUUCCACGAUUAUGGAUAUUGAUACUGAAAAAUUCGUGUUUCUUACAGGAUGGCAUCAGCAGUGGUCGUCGAAGAGAUCAAAAAUCCACAUAGGUAGGUUAGGUUAUCAUAUAUUUAUACAGCUACAUCGUCAUAUAUGCGUUUAUGUUACAGAAAUGUUUUGUUAAGUAUCGCCAUCGCAGUACCUUUCGUCACCGCAACUUAUGUUCUGAUGAACGUAUCGUACAUGACGGUUCUGUCAGUCUCGGAAAUGAUAUCCACCCCCGCCUUGGUGGUCGUAAGUCAAAAAACACGUUAUGCAUAGCUUAAUGUUUGAUGCCGUUACUUGUUACUUAUAUCCAGUGGUGUAUUGGUAAAUUAAUUUUUAGGCAUAUCCUACGUAUGCAAAUUUUAAAACGUAGACAUUUUUACACAGCAUUUCAAAACAUGUACUUUUAUCAUCGUUUUUAUACUUUAACCACAUUCUGUUAGUUGUCUCUAAAUACCAUAUCAAUUAUUCUUCAAAUAUUCACCAAAUAAAUACAAAUUCUAUAAAUUUAUAUUUAUUCAAUGACAUUAUAAAACUUAAAAUAAGUAUUAAUAAUUUUGUUAUACAAUUUUUCACAAAUUCCUAGUCCAAAUGACCAAACAUCAUUUGGCAACUACAAUAAAAAGAGACGAUAUAUUUCGGACGAUAGGUUGCCACUGUUGUAGGUGAGAAGUAGAAAAGGUAGGAUAUAGGGGGGGAUUUUAGGUAUAUCUGAACGCAAUGAUUAGCCAUUGUUAAGGGAAAACUAUUCUGAACAGAGUUUGGUUAUACAUGAUUUAAAAGGCCACAAUAUUUACGGUUUUUGUUAAAAUUUGAUAUUAAAAUUCUUAUAGAAAAAAAAAAAUACCACAUUAAACUCAACUAUUUCUUGUAACCAUUAGUAUAACUUACAAUGAACCUCUUUAACAAGAGGUUAACUCUAACGAGUUAUAUGUAUUUCUGUUAAUUUAUAUUAAUUUUAUCCACGGAGUACCUACCAAAUAAAAAUUACGUAAACAAUUUGCAAAAUUAAAAUAUCUAUAAAUAGCUCAAAGUGGCUCAAAUAUUUGAAACCUUUACCACCUUUAAAGCUUUUUACUAAAAAAACAAAUAUGAGUUCUGAUCAAAUUUCAAGUCUCUAUGAACAUUAUGAACUGAAUUACAACAAAAAAUAAAAUUUAAAAUAAUAAAAGCAUUAUUUUCGUAAAUUUUCCCGUUUUUCCUAUGUUAUUUCCCGGUUUUCACAGCUAUUUUGAAAAAUUCUUAGAAAAUAAAAAAAUGACCUCCCUAAAGCAUCACCGAGAUAAAAUUUCCUACAAAAUCCUAAUGUAUGAAAAUACGUUUUUGUAUAUAAUAUAUCGUAUUAUUAGGCCACGAAACACAUUUUAUUUAAACUAGCUAUUUUUUUAACCACCCAAUCAAAAUAUUCAGAAGCAUAUAAACAUCUGUCUGACUUUUAUCUCAAUAUUAUAUACGAACAUUAUUUUUAGGAAUUCGGAAAUCGUGCACUCGGCAAUUUCGCCUGGUUUGGCUGGGUCGUAUCUUUCGGCGUGGCCAUCACUACGUUUGGUUGUUCGCUCAGCAUUCAAUUCGAAGCAACGAGGUAAGUCGUGUAGCCUAACAGUGUUUUAUAGUUUAUACUUAACCGAUGGAUUUUUAAUUUGAAUUAUAUUAUACAGACUAUGUUUCGCCUCCAGUAGAGAAGGUCAGUUUCCGGCGAUAUUCUCCUACGUGAGCGUCAAAAGGCUGACGCCCGCGCCGGCCGUCUUUUUACAGGUCUGUAUAUUACCUUUUAAACUUUUAAACCGACUGGAUACAAGAAAACAUAGAUGCAGUUGGUUAAUACAAAAUUUGUAUUGACUAUUAUUAUUAUUAACUACAUUAAUAUUGACGUAAACGGGCGUAUUUUAACAAAAAAUAUCGCCAGAAGUGUAGAAAUGUUUUUCUGGGCAGAUUCCAUAUAAUAUGUUUGGAUGAGAAAAACACUACAUAAACUAUAGUAAUUUUUAUUUUAAAAUGUUGAUAAUUUUCGAAGAAAAAUGGGCAAGUCAGGGUAUACCUAAUCCAAAAAAACACUGACAGAUAUAUUUCAGUAGGCAUUGUAAUCAAUAUACGAAUGAAACUACAACUGGAAACUCGACAUGCUAAAACGUUAUAAUAGAAAAAUGCUAGUGGUGCGAAUUACUAAAAUUUAUUUUUUUUCGACAGGGUCUGCUCGCCGGCAUUUGUAUACUGUGCGGAGACGCAAUCUCAUUGAUCGAGUUCGCUAGCUUCUUGUGUUGGAUGUUCUACGGGUUCGCCAUGCUGGCGCUGCUAGUGUUGCGUCGCACCAAGCCGAACGCCGAACGUCCGUUCAAAGUGAGUAAAUUAUAUCGUUGCAUAUAUUAUUAUUAUCGACAUUUUCACGCUUCAAUAACGAAUCGUGAAUGAUAAAUGAAAAUCCAAACAACAGCCGAUAAUCGGUUUACGGUUAAAAUAAUUUGUCCUGCAAGUUGCGUUCAACCUAUUAUUGUAAAUCUAUAGUUCAAUGAUCCAUAUUUUGAAAUAUGUCAAUGUGUGUUUUUAUUUUCAUUAUUUUAUUUCCUAAUUAUUUAACCACUAUAACAGAAAUUAUAAAAAAAAAAAAAAAAAAAGAAAACAAUCAAAGUAACUAAAACAAAAGUUUAGUUAAACCCAAAAACCGAAUAAUGCGUUAAUAAUGCUGUUUUUAUCAAUAAAUCUUAAUUUAAUGAACCAAUUCAUCUUGAUUUGCCUAACACUUUGAAUGAUGUCGAUACUUUUAUCUGUUUUUCCAAUAUCAUGUAUUUUUAGAAAAAAAUUAAAAUUCAUCAUAUAUUUAUUGGUAAAAAUAAAUAUUUUAUUGUAGUUAUAGAGCUCAAAAACAAUUCAUUUUUAGCAUUUUCAAAUUUAACAUGGUAUGUAUUUAAUUCAAUUUUUUGAGAUUACCGGGUAUUAGUUAUUUAUCCCGUGCUCACAAUCUAUCAAAACAUUAAACCUGGUACCCGGUAAAAAUGGAAUAGAAUUGAUCGUUUAAGAGUUGAACUAGUUUCCCGAAGUUCGUUCAUUCUGGGACUAUAAUUGUUAUAAUAAUUUUAAAUACCAAAUUAGUCGAUUAGUUUUCGAGUUAUCAAAUACGGAAUUUCGUGAUUUCGACUACUGUUGAAUAUUCAUUAUACUCGUAGAUUACUAAAAUGGCCAAGGUGAUGGGAAUUUGGGUUGGCAUAAUAUUAUAUGGAAACUGAUCUCGUUUCGUCCACAGAUACCGAUCAUCGUGCCGAUUUUCGUGCUCGUCGCGUCCGUCUUUCUGUUCCUGACACCCAUCUUCACCGAUCCCAGACCGCGGUUUCUGGUCGGCUUGGCGCUGGUCCUGUCGGCCGUCUUGAUUUACAUACCGUUUGUAUACUUCAAUUACAAGCUGUCGGUGAUGGGUAAGUGUACCGUAUUCGUGACUUUUCGUUAUUAUUGUUAAUUUUUUUUUUUCGGGUCCGCAGAUGAUUUCACUGCCUUUGUCGAGAAGCUGUUGGGUGUGGCGCCACCAGAAAGCGAUGAACCAUCGACCGAUAUGGCGGUGACGGCGGUGGGUGACAAUGGCCAGCAACAGAGUCGGUUUUAGUAGCGGUUAUCACGAAAAUAUGAACGGCAGUGUGCAGUUGGACUCCCGGAAAAUGUCACGGUGUGGCGGUGCCAUAAUUAUAGAAAAUAUGACUCUAAAGAAAAGAAAAUUCUGUGGAGUACAACAGCAUGGAACAUUUUCACAAAUUUUCGAAUGAGUUGUAAUUGAUGUUACGUCAUAACUGCGAUACCGAAUGACGAUUUGUGAUUCAACCGGGAACACAAAAUUUGUAAUUUUACCCAUGUAAAAAGUUUUAUAUUAAAAAUAAGUAUUUAUUUGCUUACUGGUAAAAUUUGUAAUUUUACUAAUGUAAAAAGUUUUGUAUUAAAAAAAAAAGUGUUUAUUUGCUUACUCGCAAUUAAAAUUAUUUUUUAUUUUGUGUCAUGAUUUUAAUAUUAUUAUAGUGAAGUAUCUGCAGUUCCCACGCAUGCUCAAAAAUUAUUAAUAAAUGCCAUUGGACGGCUGCCGUCGUCUUGAUUCGGCACUUUGUAUGUAUUUCUCUUACGAAGACGUCGUGUACUCUCUUAAGUCAUACAACUGCGUAAAAUAGCAAAUUUUCAUUCAGUAGGAAUUACUCGGUGCUAUUAAUUAUAAUAUUAGAUUGAAUUGGUCUAUUAUCAAACUUGAAGAUAAGAAUAUUAUCUGUGUCAUGUCGUCAUUUGUUUAUUUAUUUUUUUGUCAUUUUAAUUUUCAAGCGAAACACCCGUGUGUGAAAUAUCUCGAUUUAUAAAUACUUAUAUAUCGCUUAAAAAUUAAAAUAACCAAAUGAAGACACGGCACUGAUUCUUUUAUCGUUAAUUUUCAGUAUAAAGGUAAAUUCACUCUAAUGUUAAAACUAAUAGCACAGAGUUGUCUCUGCCGAAUGCAUAUUUGUUAUGUCGUGCGGUUGUAUGACGGAGGCAGAAUUGUAUGCGAAUAUGAUGUUCUCUUGACCGUGAUUAUCUAUACGGUAAUAACGGUAGACAAUCGCUGAUAUCGGGGUACAUAACAUUUCAAAAUUGUCUAAUUUCGUACCCAAAGCAUGUUAUUAUAUCCGGUUAUAGAAAAGUCUAAAGUUUUCAGACGAAAUCUAUUAAUACUCAAUUUUACUCUAUACGUUUUAUAAUAUUACUUAUAGGUAUUAUUGUUAUUAUUAUUUAUAGUUCUAUCGUCGCCUAUAGCCUGUCACUA